UUCCCAGAGUGCAGCUUUAGGAGGAUUCUGGGAGGAGUGGCAGAAGCGUCAGUCCUACAGGGAAGGGAAAAGGUAAACCAUUUGAACUUGGACAUUCAGCGUUUCGUGGGGUUUGCAGACUGUUGGGACAUAGAAAGCACCCCGAAAAGAAUUCAGAGAGCCCAACAAUGUCUCUGUAUUUUGGAACAAUUUACAGGAGGAAAUCUUUUUGGUGCUAUAGGCUGCUGUCAACUUAUGUCACCAGGACACAGUAUCUAUUUAAAUUGAAGGAAGAUGAUGAGGCCUGCAGGGAAGCUCAACAGACCGGAGUGUUUUACCUCUUUCAUGAUCUGGCUCCUUUGCUACAGGCAUCAGGACAUAGAUAUCUGGUCCCCCAGCUUAGCCGAGCAGAGUUGGAAGGGCUGCUGGGUAAGUUUGGACAGGAUUCCCAAAGAAUAGAAGAUUCAGUACUGAUUGGAUGCUCCAACCAGCACAAAGCAUGGUUUGCUUUGGAUCUAGGUCUGAAUAGCACAGCCUCCAAACAUGUCUCCUUGCCAAAAUCUGAAAUGGAAGCCGAGCUCGGAGGUUCUUUUAUCAAGCUGAGGCAGGCUCUUUUUCAGCUGAACUCCAUGGAUUCCUCCUUACUAUUCACGGCUCAGGCUCUUCUCCGAUGGCACAAUGGUCACCAGUUCUGUAGCAAAAGUGGGCAGCCCACUAAGAAGAACAUGGCCGGCAGCAAGCGAGUGUGUCUUUCCAAUAACAUCAUCUACUAUCCACAGAUGGCCCCUGUGGUGAUCACACUGGUGACAGAUGAGGCCCGGUGCCUACUUGCCCGCCAGAGCUCCUUUCCCAAGGGACUAUAUUCUGCCCUGGCAGGCUUCUGUGAUAUAGGUGAAAGUGUGGAAGAGGCUGUCCAGCGAGAAGUUGCAGAAGAGGUGGGUCUGGAAGUGGAAAACCUACAGUACUUCUCAUCCCAGCACUGGCCCUUUCCCAACAGCUCGCUUAUGAUUGCUUGUCAUGCAACGGUGAAACCAGGGCAGACAGAGAUCCAGGUAAACCAGAGAGAACUAGAAGCAGCUGCCUGGUUCAGUCUUGAUGAGGUAGCCAUAGCCCUGAUGAGAAAGGGUUCCUUUCUUCAGCAGCAGAGUGAUGCUCUCCCGUUGUUGUUGCCUCCCAAAUUAGCUAUUGCCCACCACAUGAUUAAAAAGUGGGUGGAAAGGCAGACCUGUUCUUCCCUGGCUGCUUAACUCAAAUCAAGCUGUCUAGAUCCCUCCCGGGCAUUGCUGAAAGGCAUGCCAGAGAUGUACUACAAUAGAAGGUGGCAAGGCCAGCUCCAGGGCAGCCUCCUAAGGCAGAGGAGCUCUGAGAAGUUCCUAUUGCCAAAAGAGGUUCCUAUUAACAGACAACCAAAAACAUCAGUGAAACUAGGAUAAAGCAUCCUGUGCUGGCACUUGUCCCAGCUGCUUUGGAGGAUGAGGCAAGAACAAAACCCCUAAGGAGCAGAGUUGAUUGAUGAAAUGCUAAUGAUGAGCUGAGGGAAGGGUACUGAUUCAUUCAGAUGUGAGCCAUUUUCUCCAAGGCUGUAGGAGCAUACAUCUUCAGGCACAUGGCUUAUGGUUGUUGCAUUUACAGGAACUGACAAAUGUGCCUGGGGUAAUUUAUCUUAGUAUCUAAACUAUUAACAAAUCUUAACGCACAUUUGAGUUGCUUCUGUCCUCACAGAAAAAAUAGCAUAAUAUAAUGUUUUUGAAUUUGUAUGUAGGUAUAUUCCUUUUUAAAUUUUAUUAUUACAAGUGUUUGUCUGC